CGCACACAGGACAGGUGAAGACAAUUGAACAGUAAUGAGAGUCUGUAACAGUCUGAUAACAGAUAGAUAACACGGACAAAAAUCACAGUGGCCUGUACGCUCUAAACUAAGGGAAUACACAAUGAGUGAUUCAGAGCAACAGCAACAGGUGGCCGAAAAAGUAGCAGAAGAGUCCAAGCAGCAGCUCGCGUGGCCUGAAAAUGGAGAUGAUUGGAGUGAAGAUGAGGCCGAGAACAACAUGGACUGUGGCCUUUUGCAGGCCAUGGCGGAGGAGGAUGAGGAGAUCAACGUCCACAACGAGGAGACAUUCGGCAUGGAAGUAGACUCCCAGAUUGCCUCAGGCGAUCCCAACGACACCCUCCUACAGUUUGGCAAGUCACCGCGUCGGCCAACCACGCCACCACCACCGCCGCCAGACUCGACGCCUCUGUCCCCGAAACCUCCAUUCUUAGGACCUCCAUCUCCUCACAGCUUGCAUUCCCCUCCCAGACCGGGGCUGAAGUUUAUGCCCCGGCCACCCACAGGGCAGCGAGGUAGAGUGCCGAGGAGGGGGCUUGGCAGGGGUCCCAUCUUUGAAGACCCUGCCGUGAUGAGGAUAGUGGAAGGACGGCCGAGCCUCAAGAGUCUUGAUAGCGCCAUAGUGGACUGUGGGAAUGUCAUGUACCACCAUUCCUUUGAUGAGGAUUGGAUGUUACCGUCUUACAGGAAGACCCGAAGAAUCUCUGGAUCAAUACUUCAGGACAGUGCGAUAGUGUGUGUAAUUGAGGGUCACAGAGGCAGAGGGCAGCACCAGACCUCCAACUUCCUGGAUCCUGCAGCCUCCUUCAGGGGUAGGAGAGGGGGAGAACCAAGGGGACCCUACUGUAGGCGGCAGUUUGACCCGAGAGACCUAACACAGAUGCGUGCACCCAUGAUACCAGGAUCCCCCUUUUUACGCCAGCCCUUAACUCAGAGGCAGCACUACAACCAGACAGGAGGAUUUAUGUAUCCUGCAAACCGUCCGUGCCCCUCUACCCCGCGGCCGCUCGCUCCCAAAAUGAUGCAACUCCGCUUCGGGGCCAACUCGCCAAGGCCGUCCCCUUUCUACAGUCCCUCGGUUAAUCCCGUGCAACAAGUCAGAUACCCUGGUCCGGUCACUCAGCUCCACCCGCAACAUAAACGUUUACUCAGCCAAAAACAACGUAUAUUCCAGAGAAAAAUGGAGGGCUGGGAUCCUUACUGUAGUCUGAUGACAGCCAAGGAGAAGGAGUGGAUCAUCCGGCUACAGAUGAUCCAGUUGCAAAGCGAGAAUCCAUACCUUGAGGAUUACUACUAUCAGGAGUACUACCGGCGAGUAGAAGCAAAGCUGGCCGAAGAGGAGCUGGGAAUCAGGAGCAAGAGGGAGCCACCCAAGCUGACAACACCUUACAUAAAACAUACCGACGCAUACACACCAGUGGUGCACAUUGAAGGCUCCCUGGGUCAAGUGGCGGUGUCCACGUGUUACUCUCCUCGGCGUGCCAUCGGCGCCGUUCAUGCGAUUAAAGCUCAGAGUCCUCCUGAGGAUCAAAAAGACACUAGACGACAGCGAUUAGAGGUCCUUAGCAAGAUUGAAAAGCUAUUCAUAGUUCUGUUAGAAGUGGAAGAGACAGACCGGAUAAAAACAUCAGUCAUGUCCGAGCCUGAAGAGAGAAGGUUGAUAGAGAAGACCCAGAGGAAGGUGGAGCACAUCUUCUCCGAGAUGCAGCAUCAUGACGCUCUAGAUUCAGGAGGAGAGUUUCUGCCAUUCCUGGUUGUCCCAAAGGGCAAAAAGCUUCUCGCCCGGCUCAUACCGUUUCUUAAGCACGACUCUGCCAUUAAGAUCCUGAUGAUCGUGACCUCCAAUCUUCCCACGCUGAUGAGCAGAGACACAGAAGAGACACUUCCAGUGCUUUACCCACCUCUUCGGAAUGUGAUUGGCAGCUUGACCUUCAGUCAGCUGAUAGGGAUCCUCAGAGUUCUGACGUCAGCUGAAACAUCCACCAAUGAGUGCCUCUCACUAGCGUGCCAGAACAAGUUCGGCCUGUCGUUGCUUUAUGCACUGCUGUCCCAUGGAGAGAAGUUGUUGUCUUCUGGCGUUCCCCUGGAGCCCAGCAUCGGCGACUUUGAGACAUGGACGGACACAAUAUUCCAGGUGGCGGGACAGCUCUCCCAGUGUUCUCUGGUGGAGCCGCUCCUCUUGCCCUCCAACUUGCUGACUCUUUUCUGCCGCUACCUGGACAAGCGCACGGUGCAUCAGCUGAAAAGCAACAUGGAGUCUGCAACAGGAUGCCUGGCUCUUCCGUCCUGAUCAGGAUGGAAACCAAAGAGACCUCCAUGCCAAGUGGCAGUGGAACAAAAGAAGCAGAGGUGAAACUUGCACAUUACACCAAAGCUAUGUUUAUAUUUAGAUUCUUAUUCCUAGCCCCUUCUACCUCACAUUUGUGCACACCCAAAGACUGUUUCCCUUUCUUUCUUUUAUUAGCUGUUUUUGUUUUUUCCCCUCUGUUUGGUCUCAAGCAGAUUAAAUUAAGUAUUUACGCAGAAGUCUGGUUUUUGUCCAUAUUUAUGUAUUUACAAUCAAAUUGCGUUGGAUCAGAAAUGUGUGACUCGGUUGAGGAUUGUAUAGUAAUGUAUUAUGAUUGUACAGCCAAACCUAUUUGUUAAUAGUAAUCACUAGAUGUUGUCAAAGCAUGGCCCCAUGCACACUAGCCAUGCAGUUUUGCGUUUGUUUUUUUUGUAAAAAGGCAUGACUUGUGUAUACAUGUAAUGUAUUUGAUGUGACCUUUUAUUUAUUCAUUUGGAAACAGGAAUCAUUUGAAUAUCACUCUUGUAGAGCACUUGCAAUAUAAAUAAAAAAAACAUCUUUAAAAA